UCCAAAACAAACUUGAAGACUGUCGGCGAAGCUUCCCUAGCAACAAACUCUUCGCUUUUAAUUCAGAGCUAAACUCCGACCUUAUCAUUACGUCACAGCAUUGCCAAAUAUUUGGAAUUGUGCAAGACAACAAAAACUACAAUCUCAUAAUCGGACAAGGCGAUUUAACGACAAAAUUAAGGUAAAAAUAUGGCGUAUUAUCAACAAGGCGGCUACCAACAGGGAGGAUAUCAAAUGGGGUUCCAGCCUUAUCAGCAACCCCAGUAUCAGCAGUACCAACAGCCCAGCCAGCAGUAUGGAAGUUAUGGGGGAUAUUUUCAGCAAAAUGUCUUUUCUGUCAACGCAUGGCAGGCAUUCCAAUUUGGGUCCCAAGACGAACUAUGGCACGUUUUCAAUACCGAGAUGAUGAAAAAUCCUGCUAACGUGCAAAGACAGGCAAUUCAAGCUGAGGAUCUUAUGAACAUCAUGAAUAAUUGUCACACCAUCAGGAACUAUUUCAGAAUUAAUUGGAGCAGAGAGUUAUGCAGUAUCAUGCUGGCCAUGUUGGAUCGCUCACAGGACGGUUUUAUGCAGUGGAACGAAUUCAUGGAAUUACAGCAAUGUCUGAUCGCUUGGUUCAGAGUUUUCCAACAAUAUGACAGCGACAGGUCUGGUUUCAUAGAGGCCAAUGAACUUGUCAACGUCAUCACUAACCUUUACGGCUAUCGUAUUACACCCCAGGCCACAGAAACAAUUUUAAAGCGAUAUUCCCGAGUUCUCCCCCGUGGCGGAGGAACCGCCUGUCUGUGUGCUUUCGAUGACUUUGUAUCUGUUAGUGUCAGACUAAGGGCGUACACAGACGCUUUCAGAAAAAGAGACGCCAUGAUGUAUGGACAGGAAACAGGAAAUUGCACGUUUGGAUAUGAUGACUUCUUACGUUGCGUGAUGUGUCUGUGAUGAAGUCCUGUAAUUAUUAAAUGCUCAUUUCAUUUGUAUAUUCCUAAAACUCUCCAGCGCCUUUAUCACUUCACCCUAGCUAUCAGUGUCCAUCAUAUAUAGAGUUCAAAGUGUUCAACUAGCUGAUUAAAACCGUGAACAUCGGUUAAAAGAUGCUUUUAACCGAUGUUCGAAAACUGUGUUACUAACGUGUGGUGAAUAGGGACAUACUAGUAUACUGAAGGUUAUAUGUCGCAAUUCUUUGGACUAUGUUGUGUCCCUUUCCUUUUCUGUUUUGAUAUAAAUACAGUUUGUUAUUAUAAAUGUAUUAUGAAUUGAAAAAAAAAGAUGGUGUGCUGAUUAAAAUUUGUUAGGGUAAUCAUGAUGUAUAUUGAAGUUUGAUAUGGAAUGCUGAUUAUAAAAAAAAUGUUACCAGUAAUUUGAAGAAAAUGAAUUCUUGUUUUUGUACAUUAAUUAACAUAGUAUUUAAAAUCACAUUUGUCAAGAACCCCCCCUUUUGAAUAACAUCAAUAUAUAUACAGCUCCUGCCAAACUUGAGUCAGUAUUUCAACAUCAAUGAAACAAUAA